AUGACACAGAAAACUUGUACCCUGGAGCGACCCAGCGUGGAACGCCGCAGUGCAAAUCCAGCCCGAAGAUCUGUCCGAGAUAUUAUUGGCGACACGCACACUAAUUACAACAACGGCAAUAGUGGCAGUGAUACAGGCAUGUUUGGAGAUGAUAAGAAAGACGACGUUCUUGUCAUUGGAAUUGACUUCGGGACCACAUUCUCUGGAGUUGCAUGGUCUACUGCAGCAGACUUUGCGAGGAAUGAAAUUAAUCUUGUCACCAGCUGGCCAGGCAGCGAGUGGCAAGAGGCCAAGGCCCCCACGCAGCUAUUCUACGAGGAUGGCCAAGUCAUGUGGGGAUACGACAUUCCCCUAGAUGCAGACCCGGUACGAUGGUUCAAGCUCCUUCUGGUGAAAGAAGAAGAUUUGCCCAAAGAGCUUCGAAACUCAGAGCCCCUUGUUCACGCACGCAAGUUUGUGGAGGAGACUGAGAAGAAGCCAGUUGAGCUCAUUGCCGAUUAUCUACGGGCUUUGUUUGAGCAUACCUUGUAUGUUAUCCGAAAGGCGCGAGGACCGUCAGUUUUAGACGCUUUACGCUUCCAUGUUGUCAUCACAGUCCCCGCCAUCUGGCAGGAUUAUGCCAGACGAGACAUGGAACAAGCUGCAGAGAUGGCUGGGGUCAUGGAUUCUCGUCCAGCUGGGCAGACAAAACUCACUUUUGCACCGGAGCCGGAAGCAGCAGCUCUCUCAACUCUGUAUGAGUUGGGCAGAAACCUGAACAAAGGAGACGUCUUCGUCAUAUGCGAUGCAGGCGGCGGCACCGUGGAUCUCAUUAGUUAUGAGGUAACGAAUAGCAAGCCUCUUGCUAUUGAAGAAGUCGGCGAGGGUACCGGCGGCCUACACGGCGGCGUCUUCAUUGACAAGGCUUUUGAGAAGGCUUGCAGAGACCGGCUUGGGAGAAAGUGGGGUCGACUCAGUCCAGCUGUCAUCAAGGAAUUCAUGAAAAAGGAAUGGGAGGUGGCAAUCAAGUCCAAGUUCAAGCCUGACGCAAGGCGCAGUAAGAAGGAGUACAUCGUGGGAUUACCACCAGAGGCCUCCAGAACAACGCCAGAGAGUUUCGACGACCCGAACAGGCAGCCACUGAUCAAGAAUGGAAGAAUUCAUUUUCAACAAUCCCACAUCAAGGGAAUGUUCGCAGGAUCUUUCAAUGGAAUCGACAAACUAGUCAAUGCUCAGAUCAGUAUGGCUCUCAAGAAGAAAUCGAAGGUGACGGGCAUCAUUCUGGUUGGGGGACUUGGCACAAGUCCCUACUUGUACGAACAUCUCAAAGACAAGCAUUCGACUUCCAAUGUCUCAGAGAUUUUACAGUCCGGAGGUAUCAAGCCCCGAACUGCUAUUUGUCGCGGUGCCAUCUACAAAGGUUUCCUCGAGAAACCCUCAGGAACUAUUGUACCGCCCAUUGAGGUCACUUCCACAGUAUCUCGUUAUAGCUACGGGAUUAAAUAUGUGACCGAAUAUAACAAAGCGCAGCAUCAUCCAGAAGACAAAAUGUGGGACGGAAGCCAGUGGCGCGCUCGUAACCAGAUAAAAUGGUACUUGAAAAGGGGAGCCGUUGUGCCCAAGAGCCCUGUUCGUUAUUCGUUCUACGAGUAUAUCAAAGACGCGGAUGAUUUUGACGGCACACUCAACAUAACACUAUGGGUAUGCGAGGAGCUCGAUCCGCCAGACCGGGAAGAUUUUCGAGUGAAUGCCAAAUGCAAAUUUCAGUUGAUUGUCACGACCCCAUAUUCAGAGCUACCUGAUUGCAGGACCGCCGACGGUACCAUGGUCAAGAAGCUGGGCUAUGAGAUUGGAAUGAUUCCAUCGGGGGCGUCUUUGGGCUUUGCAGUAUACAUGGAUGGCAAGGAACUGAUGAGUCAGAACACAACUUACACAAGUGUUCGGUUCUAA